AUGUGGGCUGCGGGCAGCGUUAAGGUUCGCUAUUGUUUGGCUGCCACUUCUGUCACUCUGAGACGGUGCCUGACAUUGGGGGCGACCAUGGCAAAAAGCAAGUUUGAGUACGUGCGGGACUUUGAGGCUGACGACACCUGCCUGGCCCACUGCUGGGUGGUAGUGCGGUUGGACGGCAGGAACUUCCAUCGGUUUGCUGAGAAGCACAGCUUUGCAAAACCUAAUGACAGCCGGGCUCUCCACCUGAUGACAAAAUGUGCACAGACGGUAAUGGAAGAACUGGAGGAUAUUGUGAUCGCAUAUGGACAGAGUGAUGAAUACAGCUUUGUCUUCAAGCGGAAAAGCAAUUGGUUUAAAAGAAGAGCCAGUAAGUUCAUGACUCAUGUGGCCUCCCAGUUUGCCUCCAGCUAUGUGUUUUAUUGGCGGGAUUACUUUGAGGACCAGCCCCUUCUGUAUCCCCCAGGCUUUGAUGGAAGAGUCGUGGUGUAUCCUAGCAACCAGACAUUAAAGGACUACCUCAGCUGGCGGCAAGCAGAUUGUCACAUCAAUAAUCUUUAUAAUACAGUUUUCUGGGCACUUAUACAACAGUCUGGACUAACACCAGUACAAGCCCAAGGGAGAUUACAGGGAACUCUCGCAGCAGACAAGAAUGAGAUUUUGUUUUCUGAAUUCAACAUCAACUACAAUAAUGAGCCAUUGAUGUAUAGGAAAGGGACUGUGUUGAUAUGGCAGAAGGUGGAUGAAGUCACAACAAAAGAAGUUAAGCUGCCAGCAGAAAUGGAAGGAAAAAAGAUGGCAGUAACCCGGACCAGGACUAAGCCAGUGCCCUUACACUGCGAUAUCAUCGGGGAUGCGUUCUGGAAGGAACAUCCAGAAAUCCUAGAUGAAGACAGCUGACCUUUUUUCUCUUCGAUUCUGGUGUGCUUAACCAUGUAAGGCCCCUCCAAGUCUCCUUACCUUAGGUGGCCCAAGCAUUCUUACCACUCAGAACACUGUGCCAAGAAUGACAUGGCUUGAGUUGGGAUGGGAACAGUGAAGGAAGGGAUGGAUGGGGGCGG